AUGCGUUUGUUAGUUGGAGUUUUAUCAUCAAAGAAACUGAAAUUAGCUUGGGGAGGGGAAGAUUCAAUCAAAACAACAAUGGGAUUCUUCUCUAACUGCUUCUAUUUCAUCUUCUUCAUUCCUUCGUUCGAUCCCUACUACUACAUGCCAAAUACAAAGGCAUUUAAUACUCAAAACAAGACAAAAACUGCUUAUCAAUUCGUUUUCGACGUUUUGCCUCCUUGGAGUGAUGAUGAAUCCUUCAAAGAUUUAUCAGAACAAGAAAGAAGAAAAGCAAGAGCAAUGAAGUUCGUCAAUUUGCACAUGCAAGCUCUUGAAAGUUAUUAA